CCGCUCUGGCCCGCCGGAGCAGUGCUUCCGGUGCUCUGUGGUGAGGCGGAAGGCGGCGGUUAAUAUCCGCUGCUGCCGGGGAGAACGUAGAAAAGUUCGGUGCCCGCGUCCCCGGCGGAAGAAAGUCCGCGGCAAGAAACUGUUAAAGACUUCAAAGAAUUAAUUUUAGGCAAAAUAAGUGAAGUUGUUCAGAUAAAGUAAAAUGGAUCCUUGUUCAGUUGGAGUUCAGCUUCAAGCUACCAAUGAGUGCCACAGGAUCUUUUAUACUCGUCACACUGGCUUCAAGACUAAGCAAGAUCUGUCUUCAUCUGAUCUACUGUUACUUCAGCUUAGGACUGGAAUAACCCUUUCAGAGAACAAUACAAUCUGCUUCCACCAUGCAAAAAUUUACAUUGAAAGAUUUGAAGACUUACAAAAGUCAUGUUGUGAUCCCUUUAACAUACACAGAAAACUAUCGAAGAAAAACUUGCGAGCAAUUGACUUGGAUGACGCAACUUUUCUAAGUGCCAAGUUUGGAAGACAGUUCGUACCUGGUUGGAAGCUUUGUCCCAAAUGUAUGCAGAUAAUCAACGGAAGCGUGGAUGUUGAAUCCGAAGAUCGCCAGAGAAGGAAACUUGAUCCUGACGGGCGUACAGCUAAGGCUUUAAAGUCUCUACAGUUUGCUAAUCCGGGACGACAGACUGAAUUCACUCCUGAGACCAGUAAGAGGGAAAAGAGAAGGCUGCAAACAAAAACUGCAUCAUUUAAUUCAGACAGGCAAGUUAUACCAGCCAAGAGUAAAGUCUAUGAUAGCCAGGGCCUGCUGCUUUACAGCGGGAUGGACCUCUGUGAUUGCCUCGAUGAAGAUUGCCUGGGGUGUUUCUAUGCUUGCCCCAAGUGUGGCUCCAACAAGUGUGGAGCAGAGUGUCGCUGCGACCGCAAGUGGCUGUAUGAGCAAAUUGAGAUAGAAGGAGGAGAAGUAAUUAAAAAUAAACAUGUUGGUUAGCGUGUAUGUGCAUUGUUUAUUCUAAGUAGAUAUUCCAUGCUUUGAUUAAGGUCAGCACAUUCAUCAUUUAGUGGUUUAAUAAAAACCAUUGAAUUUAUCACAAUUUACAGGAUUAAUGUGUUCAGUUUCACGUUCAUUUUCAGCAUGAUUAUGGAAAUACUUUUAAUCAUGCUACUGUCUUUUCACACUUCAUUCUACCUUGUAUUCAGUCUUGUCAGUCAUCUAAGAAGUUCUUAUUGAACAGUCGUUCACUGUAAUUAAGUAUAAGGAGCUGCAUUUUCAUGUGGCAAAUCCUGAGCCACUCACCAUUGUUUCCUGUACUGUUUUGUAGAAUGUACCAUGUCCGUGUAUCCCUCAUUUUUCCUUCUCUGUUUCAUGAUCUCAUGGUUUUAAGUUUAUUUUAUGUGAAACGCUCUUAAAAGUUCUCAGUGAAUUUACAUGCAGUAUUAAUAAAGCUCUCUCCAGUAUUA